AUGCCGAAGGCCCUAAGCGCAGCGAACAACAUAGCACACCCAUACCGCAUCCUCUACAAAGUCACGGCCGCUUCUAUUGAUUUCGCGGCCCGGAAGCAACUCAUCGAAAUCAACGAGGAGCGAGCUACGAAAACAGAACGGCGCGGUUUUCCGCUACCGAAGUUAAGGUGGCGGAACUUCCUUGACCGACAGCAAGUGCGGAGCAAAGUCAUCAACGACAAACUUCAGGAGGCAUGCACGCGGUACUGGCAGAAUUACCUCGACGAUCGCGAAGACCGAAGGAAGAAUCAGACCGACCCAAACUUUCGCAUCGCCAACCACCGUCCUCUUUCCCUCUCGGAAAAAUGGGGCCCAGCCAGCUUGAAAUACUAUGCCGAGCUCACGCGUGCUGAGAGCACCAUCCUGUUCCACUGUAGAACCGGUGUCGUGGGACUCAAGUCUUACCUUUUCUCCAUCAAGGUUCGCGACAUCGUCGACGACCUCUGCCCGUGCAAGCAGGGCAAGCACACCGUUGAGCAUGUCUUCAUCCACUGUCCUGCUUUGUUAGCUGAGCGGACACGGCUCUAUCUGCAAGUCGAUCACCAUAAUUUGAAGAAGUUGCUCACGUGUGAUUCCAAGGCCGCUGCCGCGUGGGCCAUCCGCUACCUAUCCAUUGAACAAUUUGGCUGGACUGGGAGGCAAACACCCGACAAGAUCUUCCAAAACAGAGAUGGAGCGUGA